GAAGGCGUCUUCGAUCCCGAGCGAGAAGUUGAUUUUGGACCGCAAAAAAUUAUUCGGCAAAUCGACACGUGUGGUGUAGGACUGCACUGUUGACUUCGUCGUUUUGCCUGCCAAAACGGAAGCAAAAUGAGUACGAUCCUGGAAAAAAUUGCUGCCAUCGAAAAUGAGAUGGCCAGGACGCAGAAAAAUAAGGCGACUGCCGGCCACUUGGGCUUACUUAAAGCGCGCCUCGCCAAAUUAAGACGAGAAUUAAUCACUCCCAAGGGUGGUGGUGGUGGAACUGGCGAAGGCUUUGAUGUUGCGAAGACUGGUGAUGCCCGAAUCGGAUUUGUAGGUUUUCCAUCUGUUGGAAAGUCGACCCUUCUGAGUAAUUUGGCUGGAGUUUACUCCGAGGUAGCAGCUUAUGAGUUUACGACGCUUACCACAGUGCCUGGCUGUAUCAAAUACAAAGGAGCAAAAAUUCAGUUGCUUGAUUUGCCUGGCAUUAUUGAAGGAGCAAAAGACGGAAAGGGUCGAGGUCGACAGGUCAUCGCUGUUGCAAGAACAUGCAGUUUGAUUUUCAUUGUACUUGACGUUUUGAAACCUUUGCAACACAAAAAGCUGAUUGAACAUGAACUAGAAGGCUUUGGACUGAGGCUAAACAAGAGCCCACCCAACAUUGUCUUCAGGCGAAAAGACAAAGGCGGCGUUAAUUUGCAAUGCAUGGUUACACAAAGUGAACUGGACUUGGAUACUGUCAAAACCAUCUUGUCUGAGUACAGAAUUCACAAUGCUGAUAUAACUCUCAGAUACGAUGCUAACUCCGACGACCUCAUCGACGUUAUUGAGGGCAAUCGAAUUUAUGUCCCGUGCAUCUAUCUUCUUAACAAAAUCGAUCAAAUCAGCAUCGAAGAACUGGAUAUUAUUUACAAGAUUCCCCACUGUGUGCCCAUUUCUGCGCAUCAUAAAUGGAAUUUCGAUGACUUGCUCGAGAAGAUGUGGGUGUACCUGCAACUUGUCAGGAUAUACACCAAGCCCAAGGGGCAACUUCCUGAUUACGAAUCACCAGUUGUAUUGCACUCGGAAAGACUAAGCAUUGAAGAUUUUUGCAACAAACUGCAUAGAACUAUUGCUAAAGAAUUUAAAUAUGCCCUUGUUUGGGGUUCCUCUGUGAAGCAUCAGCCUCAGAAAGUUGGCAAGGAGCAUAUUUUGAAUGACGAAGAUGUUGUACAGAUUGUGAAAAAAGUUUAAGUGCAAGAUGAAUCUGAGCAACGUGUGUCUUAAAAUAAUGGUUUCUACUCUUCAAAACACAAUAACCUAUUAUUUUAAAACUGGGCAAUGUUCUUGGGUAAACUAAAAUAAAUUUGCCUCAAAAUUAAAAUUAGAUUCUGUAA